AUGACACCUGUUGCAAUUGUUACAGGUGCCUGCUCCGGCAUCGGGCUCGCCAUGUCCAAGGAGCUCAUCCAUCGCGGCUACAAGGUCUUCAUGGGUGACAUCAACCCCCGAGGUGGCGAGGUGGUUGACGCCUUGACUCCUUCUUCCGAGGCUGCGCCGCCACCUACGUUUGUCUGCGGAAACGUUGCCUCUUUCGAGGACCAAUACGCUCUAUUCGAAGCUGCCUAUGCCUUUGCCCAGCACAUUGACGUUUUCCUGGCCAAUGCAGGCGUAGACGACAGGGAGGAUCUCCUCGCAGAGCCUACCGAUUCUGCUGCCUUUACCGCCAAGCCAGCGCCGUACGACGCAACCACCACCGAAAUCAAUCUUGGCGCUGUUCUUCAAGGCUUCAAGCUGAUGGUGCACUAUAGUCGCCGCGCGCAAUACGACGCAAAGGCGGCGGGUCUCGCGUCUCCUCCGCUCAGCCGCAUGGUUGUCACUUCAUCGACCUUUGGGCUCUAUCCGUUUCCCACCAACCCGGUCUAUUCCGCCACCAAGCACGCCACAAGGGGACUUGUUCAGAGCCUCGGCCGACGGGCCCAGCAGGAAGCAAACAUGACGCUCAACGCCAUCCUGCCGGCCUUUGUGCCUACGGGUUUAGCCCCCGAAGGACUCGUCGCAAAAAUUAGAGACAGAGGCUACCUGACGUCCAUGGAGACAGUCGUCAAGGCGCUGGGCUUGUUCUUGAGCGAGACUGCGGAGCUUCCGGAUUACGUUCAGAGAAUCGAGGUUCCUGCCGCUACUGCGGGAGAUGGGCCUCUGACCGGGGAAUGCGCGGAAGUUAGUAUGACUGAAAUUUAUUUGCGCGGAUCUGUCCCGUUUGCGAAUGACAGCCAACGAUGGUUCUCGGAGGAUCCCGAUGAGCAAGAUGGUGCCGGUCAAUGGCCACCGCUUGUUGUAUAUGACGAUUGGCCGUCGGCUCUCCAGCCAUAUAAAAGCAUAUAUCAUGAGGUGAUACCACAACUUUCUUGCUCCAAUCCACUUCUUGAUGACGAUACUCUCAUAAUACGUCGCGAGUCAUUUCGAUCUCGCAUGCGAGAGCUUCUAAACGAGCGGAUAGACUUGCGCGAGGUGGAACGGCUGCUGAACGCGGCUGAAGCCGGCAACUGGACAAGUCUCCGCCGUGAGCAGCUCAACGGUGUUUAUUGUACAGUUGCUGUUUUGAGACACGCAUACAGAUGGGCAACCAUUCCCAUUGUAAAAGUCGCACAAGCCGAGACCGUGGUAGACUUUCCCGUUCAACUCGAUAGUCCUUGGGCACCGCUUCAACGACAUUUUGGCUGUGCUGCUGAAAGUGGAAAUAAUACGGCAAAUGUUCUCUACAAUUUCAACGUGGACGGCAACAGGAUAUUCAAGAUCAAUAUUGGCCAGUCAGACGAGAUCGAAUCGUCCGAAGAGGCAUUCUUUCGCAUGUUCUAUGACAUUGAGAAGUUGGCGCGCACUGCCUAUAUUGACAUGGUAGACGCGAUUGUGGCAUUUGAGCAAAAGCGAAAAGCGGACUCACUGCGACACCUCCAGAAACUCAAACCCCAGUUGGACGAAAUCUAUCAGAUAUUUUAUGAUGGCCUGGUUGAUGCCAAGGUAUCCCGUAAAGUCUGGCUAAGCUACUGCCAAGGCUUUCAGGGUUGGGGUGUAGGCCGGUUUGUCGACGGACGCCAUGUCAAGUAUGACGGUCUAUCCGGGAACCAUGUUCUCAUCUUUCAAGCAAUCGAUGCCUUCUUUGGUAUGGAACGCUAUCUCAUCGACGAAAACAUGGUCCGAUACAUUCCUGUCCGUCAGCGCGAGUUUACGAGCGUCUUGAGGCGACACUCUAUCCGCGCGCAGAUUGAAAAGGGCCAAGAUGAAGAGAUACGGGCAGAGUUGAGCAAGCUUGUGCAUAUCACAAGAGUGUUUCGUGCAGCACACAGAAUGCGAGUCGUGCCCUACCUGAGGCAGCCAGCACCAGAAAGACUAAUCAUGACGGCGGGUAAAUCCGUAUUGGAGAAUCAGGACACAAAUGGACUUGAAGACGCCUUGGCGCCGUUGAACAAGAUGAUGACGACUAGGCUGCAAGAGACUGUCUAG